AUGUCUCCACCUCUUAGAACGUCUUCCUAUCAUCAGGAUCCUUUGAUUUACAUUGACCGUCAAGCGAAGCAUCUUCAGCGUAAUUUACAGGUUCUUAUCGAUGCGCAGGGAGAAGGUCUCUUAGCUGGCCUCAGAGACCAAAGUGAGGACAGUUCUCUGUCCAGUGGAGGAUAUACCCCUAACUCGGACUUGAGUAAUGUCCGCGGUCCAUCGACGCUGCCUGUGAGACAGCCAGUCCCAAAGAAGAUUGGGUUGCGCGCUGCGAGAGAAGGGAUAUUCAGUUCCGUUUACAACUUGCUGAAACUAAGGGAAAAAGAGCGAGAGGUGCUUGCAUCUCGGUUUGACGAACGGCAAGAUGCGUUGAUGGAGAUUGAUGGAUUCGGUACCAAACGGGAAGGGCUAGAGGACGCUCUCUCUACGAUUCACAAUAACAGGGAAAGUCAGCGUUCCAAGGAGCUUCGAGAUGAGAGUCGCCAGCUGGAGUCAGAUAUUCAUGAAAUGGAGACUCGACUGUCCCAGGUGAAAGCGAGACAUAGGCAGGUUACUCAAGAACUAUCACAGAUGGAGAAUACAGUAGAAUCGAAGUUGUCUUCUUACAAGGCUUCUUUAUCACUACUUGAAUCUGACAUCUGGAAUUUUCUCCAAAACCCCCCUGUCAGCCCUCAUUUAAUUAACACUAACCACCAAACCUUUUAUACGUUGAAUCCAAAACGUCGAACCCUUGACAUGGCCCAAGAACAAUGGAAAAAUGAGCAAAUGCGGUUAAAGAAAAGACAACAAGAAGUGGAUACCGAGAUUGAAGCACUCGAGGAAGGUGGCGGUAUGUGGAAACUUGUUGUUGGGGAAGUGUCAGGGUUUGAGAAGCGACUAGAGAUGGCGAUGCGUCGCUCAAUUCAAAGACAAUCGCAGCUCCUGUCCCCUGAUGGACCCUCUGGAAGCAAAUCCGACGAGGAACAGGCCCGGAGUAUCCUAGCCGAUUUGGACAACACAACAGGUCGUGUAGAACAUCAUCUGGAGAUUGCAGAAGAGAAGGGUUGGAAACUGCUCGUCUGUUGUAUUGGUUCCGAACUGGAAGCGCUGCGAGAAGCGCGAAAGAAGCUCCUCGGUGUUUUCAACGUCUCCGAGGAAGAUAUAUGGCCGUCUCCACAUCGGGAAGGGCCAAGUCGAAGCCGGGUCCACGACGAUAAUGACUCCGAGGCAGAUCCUCUUGGUGUCGACAAUCCUGAACCUCCUCCUGAUUUACUGAAGGAUGCGGAAGAGCAUUCACACGAUGUGAUCUCCAAAUCCGGAGACGAAGACGAAGACCCUGAUCCUGCAUGGCUUCUUCCGGAGUCCUAG